CUGAUAGUAGCUUUUCGAUCGUGUGUACAAAGCAGCGAAACCUCAAAGCCUGACGAGGUUUUCUCGUCAUCCCAGGCCCUCAUUCCACCUUCAACAGAUUGCUUUGCAUCGCUCGUCCGUUUACUGGCAGACAUUUCAAACACCGACGUCAUCAGUAUAAAGAACUGGUCACAACCCGGAUUUAUUUUGAAGCUCACCUUAGUUGAAUUGGCCAAAGAUUUACAUUGCCAGGGUAGAACAGCGCCAUCUAAUACAGGACUGAUUCUUGACAGUCUCUCCUGUAUGGCUUUUUUGGUUUCAUCUGCAUUUAACAUAUGCCCUUUGCGAUAACCUUCCAUGUGUGCAUUUUCAACAAAAAAAACACCCAAUGAGAGAGCUCCAAGACCAGAAGCUACAAACAUUCCCACGUUCGUUUUCUUUGCGGAUACAGCCAUCGAGAAAUUCAUUCCCGCGAACCACCUCCUACUUGCGUGCAACCUCGACACUCUACCUUCGCUGAAAAGAAGAGGUCUGGAACGAAGUUCUUCUGUCUUGCUUGCCAUGUUGCUCGCCCAUCCCGUCGCUCUCCUCCAUAACUGUCGCCCACGAUUGAGCGACUGAAUCAUGCGACCUG